AUGAAGAGGCCACCAACUUCACUCCUGCGUAGCGGACUCAGGCGCAGACAUCUCCGUGACUUUUCCACCAUCUCAAAUUCACCUGUACAGAUUACAACCUUACCCAAUAAAAUCCGUGUGGCAACAGAAUCCACUCCUGGGUACUUUUCCUCCGUCGGCCUCUAUGUCGACACAGGCUCUCGUUAUGAGUCCCCUGCGACGUCAGGAGUCAGCCAUUUUCUCGACCGUAUGGCUUUCAAAACGACCAGCCUGCGCUCCGACGCCGAAAUGUCCUCUGCCAUAGACAAGCUGGGCGGCCAGAUUAUGUGCUCCUCCUCGCGCGAGUCCAUCAUGUACCAAUCCUCCCAUUUUCACAAAGGCACUCCCCUUGCCAUGUCCCUCAUCGCCGACACCGUUCUUAAUCCCUCUUUUCUCCCCGAGGAGCUUGCCGCCCAGCGCGAGGCCGCUCGCUACGAGCUCCGUGAGGUCAGCGCCAAGCCCGAGAUGAUCCUACCUGAGGUCCUCCACGAGGUCGCCUACGAUGGGAAAACCCUCGGGAACCCGCUCCUGUGCCCCGAUGAGCGCAUCGACCUCAUCGACGAGCCGACCAUGCGCGCGUUCAUGCAGGAGUGGUACCGCCCAGAGCGUAUGGUCAUCGCGGGCGCAGGCAUGCCGCACGAGGAGCUCGUCGAGCUCGCGGAGAACCACUUUUCGUCGCUAAAGUACGUCCCGGCGCCAGCCCCACAGCCGCAGACGGUCUCCUCCCGCCCGAACUCGCCUCCACAGCCGGUGCCCUCGCAGCUCCUACCGUCGUCCUCCCCAUCCCUGUACAAGUCCCUCACCCGUGCUGCGUCGUAUUUGUACCCUCUGUCCUCUGUCAUUGGCGCGGAGCCGGCACCGCCGAAUUCGAUGCUGAACUUGACGCCGGGUUUGUAUUCGACGUAUACAGGCGGACACCGAUUCAUCCGCAACCGGACGUCGGAGUUCAACCACGUAUAUCUAGCGUUCGAGGGCGUGGGCAUCCAUGAUGAUGACGUCUACACGCUCGCGACGAUGCAGGUGCUACUCGGCGGCGGUGGGAGCUUCUCAGCAGGCGGACCGGGCAAGGGCAUGUACUCGCGGCUGUACACGCACAUCCUGAACCACUACCCGCAGAUCGACCACUGCGCGUCGUUCCACCAUAUUUACACGGACUCGUCGCUGUUCGGCCUCUUUGCGUCGUUCCUCCCCGCCGCGGGCCGCCAGGGCAACUCACCCUCGCAGAUCCUUCCGCACCUCGCGCACCAGCUGAGCCUCCUGCUGUACACGCCGACGUCCAGAGUCGAGCUGUCCCGCGCGAAGAACCAGCUGAAGUCAAGCCUCAUGAUGGCACUUGAGAGCCGUGCUGUCGAGGUCGAGGACCUAGGGCGGCAGAUCCUCGUACACGACCGCAAGGUACCCGUAUCGGAGAUGUGCGACAGGAUCGACGAAGUGACUUCGGAGUCGCUGCGCCGCAUCGCUGCCCGCAUCUUCAGCCCCGAGUCCGCCAAGAAGGCGACUGUGAUCUGCAUGGGCCACGAGGAUACCGGCGACUGGCGCGGAGUGCUGCGCAAGUACGGGCUCGGCGGCGCGUGA